ACCACAUCACCUAUCCAAAGCAAACGACGCCGUACAACAUCUUCCACCACCGGCACGCAUUGCCUUGCCUUGAGUUCGACGAAACGAAACUACUUUUCCUUCCUCCCAUUCAUUCAUUCAUUCCCAUACUCUUUCUUUCUUUCAUUCUAUCCAGACCACAACAACAACAGCAAUAAUAAAAGAAAAACCAAAACCUGUCUACGAUUGCUCCCAAAAACAACACACUCUCCCAUACGCUUCCAUUACUCUACACUACUGACACAUCCCCAAUACCCCAUAACCCACACCUAUUUUUUAUAAUUUGUGUGAAUUAUUUUUAUCGCUUAGUCUUGAAGAUUACGUGAACCGCCAUUUCAAGCUAAACCCACCCCCCGAUUGCUCUAUUCUUGUCUUAAUAAAAAGUCUUUAAUACUCACUCACUCUCUUUCUUUAUAUUACUAUUUUGUGUUUCGGUCACUCUACAGAUUUCGUGCACGAUACAACUCUCUAUUCUUCUUUUAAUCUCUCGCUAUGGCCUCUCUAACCUCAAUCUCUCACAAUUUCACCAAACUCCAACUCCAAACACCCCCUAACACUUUCGCUUUCAAUCCCAAUCCCUCUCUUCUCAGCAGAAGUACCAGCUCUCUCCGCUUCCGUCGCGAAAUUACGAGAAUGCCCCUGAAGGCCGGUGCGGUGUCUGUUUCGGCGACCACGGCGGAGAAGCCGAAGAAGAGGUACCCCGGUGAGUCGAAGGGGUUUGUGGAGGAGAUGAGGUUUGUGGCGAUGAAGCUGCACACCAAAGAGCAAGCUAGGGAGGGUGAGAAGGAAGUGAAGGAGCCUGAGGAAAGGACCGUCACUAAGUGGGACCCCACCGUCGAUGGAUACUUGAGGUUCCUUGUGGAUAGCAAGUUGGUCUAUGACACUCUUGAAGGGAUCGUCGAUAAGGCUGCUUUUCCUUCCUAUGCAGAGUUCAGAAACACAGGACUAGAAAGGUCUGAAAAAUUGGCUAAGGAUUUGGAGUGGUUCAAGGAGCAAGGCUAUGCCAUCCCAGAACCUUCUUCUCCUGGUGUGACAUACUCACAAUAUCUUAAAGAAUUAUCAGAGAAGGAUCCUCAAGCAUUUAUUUGCCACUUCUACAAUGUAUAUUUUGCCCACUCUGCUGGUGGUCGCAUGAUUGGGAGAAAGGUAGCUGAACAGAUACUAAAUAACAAGCAGUUGGAAUUCUACAAAUGGGAUGGUGACCUUUCCCAAUUGCUGCAGAAUGUGAGAGAGAAGUUGAAUAAAGUUGCUGAAGGCUGGACUAGAGAGGAGAAGAAUCAUUGUUUGGAAGAAACUGAGAAAUCAUUCAAGCACUCAGGAGAGAUUCUCCGUCUAAUAUUAUCAUGAUUUGCACUGCACAAUUAAUGGCACAAGCUUCAAAGAUUUCUGUAUAUAUUCAAAAUGUUUAAUCUUUCCUUGAAUGUUAAUCAUCUAUCAAAAUAUGAAUGCUUUAUUGUUGCAGAUAA